AUGGGGGAAAAUGUAACUAAUACCAUCGCAGUGACUUCUUUAUUAAUUCACACAUCGAAGAUUGAAAAUUUGUGGAAAUUAGAUUUAUUGGGAAUUCAAGACCCUGUUGAAACAAAAUGUAGAAAGGAAAUGGAAAUUGCCGCAUUGAAUCAUUUUAACGAAACUGUUACCUUUAAAGAGGGAAGAUAUGAGGUUCAGUUGCCUUGGGUAACAGAAAAGGACUGUUUAAGUCAAAAUUUGGAUAUUGCCAAACAGCGUUUAAACAGUACGACACACCGGUUGAUACAGAAGGGCAAAUUCCAGGAUUACGAAAAUGUUUUCACAGAUUGGUUAAAUGAAGGAAUUAUAGAGGAAGUUCCUGAACACGAAAUGAAUAAUUUGUAUCACUAUUUACCACAAGAAACUUCGACCACGAAAUUGCGACUGGUAUUUGAUGCUUCCUGUAAAGACAAAAAUUCGCGCUCACUCAAUGAUUGCCUAGAAAAGGGUCCAAAUUUGAUGGAACAAAUUAUUCCUAUAAUUUUAAGAUUUCGCAAAAAUAGAAUAGGAGUUAUUUCAGACAUAAGAAAGACUUUUUUGCAAAUGUCAGUGAAUAAGAGUGAUCGAGAUUUCUUACGAUUUUUAUGGUGGAAAGACUUUGACAAGAAGGAACUUAGAGUUUUUAGACAUAAACGCGUUGUUUUUGGAUUGAAUUGCAGUCCCUUUUUACUGGCUGCUGUAUUAAGCCAUCACAUUGAUCUAAAAUCGUCUAAAUACCCUGAAACAGCGGAAAAUUUAAAAGAAUCAUUCUACGUAGAUAAUUGCAUUACAUCAGUUCCUGAUGAAGAGACACUUACGCGAUUCAUCGAGGAAUCGAAACAGAUAUUAGAUUCUGCGUCAUUCGAUUUGAGAGAGUGGGAGCACACUUCUCUUUCGAAAUCUGAAGACAGUAUAGAACCUACUCCUGUAUUGGGAAUUUUGUGGGAUAAGGAAGAUGAUAGCCUUUUCUGUGAGGUGAAGACUGAUACUUACAAACCAGUGAAUCUUACUAGAAGAAAUAUAUUGUCUGCGGUACAUCGCAUUUUCGACCCCAUGGGUUUUCUCUGCCCUAUAACGCUAACACCUAAACUACUCAUACAAAAGACAUGGUUGUUAAAAAUUGGUUGGGAUACAAAUAUACCCGAAGACUUAGGAAACGAGUUCUAUUCGUGGAUUGAUGAUUUGUCACUUUUAUCCAGUAUUAGAAUUCCAAGGGCUUUAAGAUAUAAAUGGAAAUGA